AUUAUUCCUUUAAACCAUCAAUUAAUUGUCCUACCACAGAAUCUAACCCUUCCAACAUGUCCGAGUCACUCGCUGCCUUCCGCAAGCGCCGCAGCGACGAAUUGGCCCGUCUGGCUGACGAACACCUACAGCAUGACUUGCGACAGGAAGACCGCGAUACCUUGAAGUCUGCAGCGUCGAAAGUUUCCCUUUGGACUGGCAUUGGCUCCGCCGUGGGAAUUGGCUUGGGUCUAUAUGUCGCCUUCAGACUGCGCAGCUCGCGCAAAGCUUUCUUUGAUGUUUUCCGCGCCCAGGAGAGACCAACACAAGUGAUGUUUGCCGAUGGUCGGACGGAGUCUAUCCCAGAUAUUACCCCCUUACUAAAGCCAACCACGCUUGGUGAUUUCGCUACGUAUUUCUUUGCUUCUGCUGGUGGACUGUUUCUAGGUGGAGAGAUAGGCUUCUUGGGAGGAACAGCUAGCGGCACUCGCACCAUCACUGCCGACCCGGAGCAGAAAAAGAGGAUCGAGACCGCUUUCCGGCGAUUCCGGGCCGACGUACUGCGCAAGGAAGCCGAUGAAUUGGAUCGUGGAGCGAGUGUUGCGGAUAAGAUGUUUUGAUUUGGGCGUUUGAUGUAUGAGUGGUGGUGUUGCAUGGUUCGGCGUAUACCUAAUCUGCCUAGUUCCCAUUGCUUGACACUUCGUGUGGUAUCAUAUGGAAAACCUUCACGGCGUAAUACCAACUUCAGAUUUCCCAGUUAU